AAUAUUCUGAUAAACAGGAAACGGAUCCGUGAGAGAGGAAACCAGCAUGGAUAUACCUUAAUAUUAUAUUCACCCCUCAACUCCAUUAUUGUAUCACGCAACAACGUAACGUCACGCUAUGAAAUGUCACUCAAUCAAAAGGUUCAAUAAAUGAAAUUUCAGAGAUAAAGAAAGUGGCACUUCAAAUGUCAGACAUCAGUAAAUUGAACAGUUACGAGUAUUCUACAAUUUCCUAUUAUUUGCGCCACAACUUGUACGCUGAGAAAUCAAUAACGUAUCAUUCUGUUGUAGUCUUUCAAUGUGGAAACAACUGCAGCAAUAAAUCAUGUUAGACAAUUUUUUGCGAGAAUACAAUAUCAAUGUAGUACUACUGUCGAUCACAGGUCUUUGGCCGUUUCAAGAUAAACUUGUGAAAAAUUUUUUACCAAUUUUCUGUUUGGUACUCCAAUUAAGUUACUGGCCUUUUUCGAUAAUAUUGCUAUAUAAUAAUUGGAACAAUAUAAAAGUGAUGUCCGAUGGCAUAUUUCAAGUUAUGAUGAUUACAGCUUUCAUAGGGAGGCUAUUGACUCACGUCUUGAAUCAUGAUAAGUCCUAACAUGUUAAACCGUUUCCAUGUUUGGUGCAAUUAGUUCCGAUUGUUGUAUGAAACUAUUGACGAACAUUGGAACAUAUUUACAAACGAUAUAGAAGUUCAAAUCAUGAAAAAUUAUUCUAUUAUAUCAAGAAAAUUUACUAUAUAUUUCUUGUUACUGGGAUUUUUCUUAUGUGUGAUGUUUAUAGUAAUGCCAAUAACACCAUUAUUACUAGACAUUCUGAUACCUCUUAACGAAUCACGUCAACGAUUCUUUGCGGUCGAAGUUGAUUCCACAGUUAAUAGAGAUAAAUACUUUCUACCAUUUCAUUGUUAUACUUCAAGUAUAAUUUUAGUGGGUCUAUGUAUCACAAUAAGUGUUGAUACAAUGCAUAUCGUGUGCACCGCUCAUGCGUGUAGUUUAUUUGCCGCUAUCAGUAAACAAAUUGAAAAUAUAGUUUCAAAAAGAAAUAUUAACGAUAAAAUCAGCAAUCAGUGUAUUAAACUUGAUCCAUUAAAUGAAGAAAUAAUAUAUCGGGAAUACAUAAUAUGUAUAAAAAAACAUCAAUUUGUUAUAGAAUUUGUUAAUACAUUGGAGUCAACAUGUCAAGAGUUCACAUUACUUUUGUUAGUUUUAAUUUGCGGAAUUUUAUGUUUGAUUGGACUCCAAAUGAUUUAUGUAUUAGAACAAAUGACAGAAGCGAUAAAAUUCGUCACUCUACUCAUAGCAGUUCUGGUGGCUUUGCUAAUCAUAUGUUAUUCUGGUCAGAGACUAAUGGACGAGAGUCAGAGUAUAUUCUAUCGAGCAUAUGCAGCAGAAUGGUACAACUUUUCGCCUAGACUAAAAUCUUUGUUGAUAAUGACUCUUUAUAGAAGUAAUGUACCGUGUGGAUUGAAGGCAGGUAAGAUGGUUCCUUUAUGCACCGUAACUUAUGCUUCGGUAAUACAAAUAGCCAUGUCUUAUUUUACAACACUUUCAUCACUCAAAUAGUGAUUUUGAAUGAAUGGACAUAUUUUACAUUACUGUUAUAGCAUUUAUAUUACUCGAAGAAUGAUCAAUAAAGAGUUAGGUCAAGUUUCUAUAGGCAGUUAGUCCCUUUUUUUAGCUCUCGAAAAUAAACUCGGUGUUUGAUUUAAUAGACUUUUUCACGCUAAUUCCGAAUAUAUUGUAUAAGUCUUUAGUUAAUGUCAUACACCGUUCCAGACAAAAUGUGCACCAAAGUUUCAAUUCUCAACUUUUUGGGACCCAUUCUCUCUGGAACGGCAAAUCGCAUCAACUAGAGACCUACAUAUUCGGAAUGGGCGUAAAAAAACUCUAUCGAUCCAUCCAAACACCGAAUUCAUUUUCGAGGGGCGAAAAUAAGAGAACAAACUGCCUAUAGAAACUUGGCAUGCUAAUGAAAAUGGGCCCCAAAAAAUUGAGAUUUCAUGAGAUGGCGCCUCUAUGGCGCAUAAACAUUGUUUUGGCAAAACAAAUAGCAAAACAAUCGACAAUCGAUUGCUCUGCGGGCGAUUACAUCAAAAACAAUCGAUUUUCUGACCACUCUUUGCUACACAUUUUCUCUGGAACGGUGCAUGGCAUCAACUAGAGACUUAUAUAUUCGAAAUCAACGUGGAAAACUCUAUCGAUUAAAUCAAACACCGAGCUCAUUUUCGAGGGCUAAAAAAGGGGCUAACCCUAGCCUCACUCUUUUGAACUAAUUUUUCACCGAUACAUUUUUGAAUGUUUGCUGUUAUUGUGACCUAAAUGUCAAUAAAUUAUUUUUCUGAGAUUUA